UGUACAUGGUCUAUUCUCACACGUGUGUGCAUUGCUAUGCUGCGGCCGGUUGAAGCUUAAAAGCACGUCGAAUUAAAAUGACUGAAAAUUUCAAGUUUGAGUUCGUAAAAACAGAAAGGCUUUGACGCAUCCUCGUCCUAAAAGUUUCAGUGUGUAGAAUGAGCUACGUCAUGUACGUGAUGAUCUGAGAUCUCGCUGCUCGAAGACCUGGCCCUGAACUGAAUUCCAGCUAGUACCGAUACAUGUAGUAGGAUUGAUAUGGCAUCACAUCCAGAUGACAUCGACAGUUCACCGAAGAAUCUCACGGACAGUGAGAGUGAGGACAGUGCUGCAGAUAAUGAACUGAAAACGCAUCAUGAUGAGGAGGAAUCUAACGUAAACCUGGGCACAGGAGAUCAUUGUGUUAACAGUAACAUGACUAAUGAGCAACAGGAAGCAGUAGAAACCAAAGACACUCAAAUUAAACCCGAGGAAACUCGCCCACAGAACGACCAAGUCAGCAAACCUACAAGUGCCUCAAAGACGAAGAGCAGCAGAAUCUUCCGUUGUCAGUUCUGCAACCGAAGUUUCAAAAAUUCAAGUCACGCGAUAGAGCACGAGAGAACUCAUACAGGGGAGAAGCCAUUUUCUUGCGACAUUUGUGGCAAGGCUUCUGCGACCAAGGGCAAUCUCAAGAAGCACCUGAAACUCCACGCAAGGAAGAACCCAAUCCAGAAGCAUGUUGGUAAAGUGCGAACUUUCAGGAAAAGAGACGGGAGCGCAAGAAUCUUCAUGUGUACAUUUUGUAACAAGGAUUUCACAAAUUCGAGCCACUGGAUUGAGCAUGAGAGGAUCCACACUGGAGAGAAACCGUUCAUUUGCGACAUUUGCGGCAAAGCUUCCGCGACCAAGAGCAACUUAAAAUUGCACAAGAAACUCCACACCAGGCCAAACAGUUUACCUAAGAUAAAGAUCAAAAGAACCUUACUUUGUAAAUUUUGUAACAGGCUUUUCAAAUUUUCAGCCCAUUUAAAAAUCCAUGAGAGGAAGCAUACUGGAGAGAGGCCAUUUGGUUGCACGACCUGUGGUAAGGCCUUCUCCGCGAAGAACACCUUGAAAUUGCAUGGAAGGGUCCACACCAAAGAAAAACCUCUUGUGUGUGGAACAUGUCACAAAGCUUUCUCACAAAGAACCCCUUUCCAAAACCACCAGUGUGUUGGUAAACCAACAAGUUCCAAGGAAGGAACAGUCGGAGAAGCUGAGCACAUCGCCAAAAGAGGAGACAAAAGGACCUUCUGUUGCCAGUUUUGCGACAAGACCUUCAAUAAUUCAAGCCAUGUAACAGAACAUGAGAGAACUCAUACUAGAGAGAAGCCAUUUGUUUGUGACAUUUGUGGUCAAGCUUCUGCCACUAAGAGCAAUUUGAAAAAGCACCGACAACUCCACUCUAGGGUGAGACCUUUGAGAAAGAGUGCUAACAAAAAGACAGUUGUAAGGAAACAAGAACUUGUAUCUUCCUCUAUUAAGAAGCCAAAGAAAGAGAAUGAAAGAGUCUUCACUUGUAAAUUUUGUAACAAGUGUUUUGAAAACUCUAGUCACUUAAGAGAGCACGAGAGGAUCCACACUGGAGAAAAACCAUUUGUUUGCGAAGCUUGUGGUCAAGCAUCUGCAACGAAGAGCAAUUUGAAGAAGCACCAGCAAGUGGUGCACCCCGGUAUGAACCUGUUUGUUAAGAGUGUCAGUGAAGAGUCAAGUGAAAAAGUCCUAACUUGUAUAUUCUGCGACAAGGGUUUCCAAUACUCGAGUGUCUUAAGAGAGCACGAGAAAACCCAUACUAGAGAAAAACCAUUUAUUUGUAAAGAUUGUGGCCAUUCUUGCUCUACUAAGAGCAAGUUUAUAAGUCAUCGGAACCUCCAUUCCGCAGAGGACCCAUUCCAUUGUGAGGGGUGUAGCAAAAGUUUUCCAGGAAAUGACGAGUUCGUGGGGCAUCUCGUUAUCCAUGCCAAACCUAAACAAAAGGUCUGCAUAGACUGCUCUGAGGUUUUCGUAAGUAAAGACAGUCUUAGAGCACACAGGGCCCUCUAUCAUCGGCCAUCUGUUCAGCUUCGCAGGGAGAAGACGCAUGUUUGUGAAACUUGUGGUAAAGCCUUCGGACAGUCAAGCCAUCUGUCUGACCAUCGAAAGAUUCACACCAACAUCAGACCAUUUCUGUGUCACAUUUGCGGUGCUACCUUCCGCGCGAGAACCCAUGUGAAACGACAUCAGUUAGUUCACACAAGGGAAAGAAAACACAUCUGCGAAAUAUGUGGCAGAGGAUUUGUUCUAGCUCGCACCCUGAAGAUGCAUCAUCUUCAGGUCCAUACGAACCAGAGACCGUUCAAAUGUGACGAUUGUGGCAAAGGUUUUAUCGGAAAAUACAAACUAGAAUGCCAUCAACGGAUUCAUACUGGAGAAAAACCAUACGUCUGCAUUGUAUGCGACAGGGGUUUCGCACACAACAUCUCACUAAGGAGGCACAAAUGUGAAGCUUUUUAGAGAAAGGUCACAUGAAGCAAAUUUAAAAGGCAACCUCAAGGCAACCAAAUGCAUAGUCUUGGUUUCAAGACGUCCUCAGCACUGCAGUGUUCAGAUUGUUAUGCCGAGAUUCACAGCAGCGUGCAGGCCCUUAUUUAAAACAUGCCAACAGUCUGCAGUGCGUGCAGUAAUGCAGUUUGUCGACCAAGUCAGGUUCGUGAAUAGGAAAGUGAAUGCUGCUGCUUGGAACAAAGACCGUUUAUCCUGAACUGCACAGCAAAAAAAAAAAUUCUUGCACCAAGACUACCAAAUGCACUGUAAUUAAGCUAACUGGGAUGAACAAAUUGUGUUUUUUUCAUGUGUGUAAACUCUUCAGAUGUAAAUUCCCUUCAAUUUCCUUCUUAGAGAUUGCCUGAAAUAUUGCUGGUGUGACAAGGCCCUUCAAAUGAUCUCACUUUGCUGUACUUUAAAUUCAUGUAAUUAUGAGUAAUUUUAAUAUUUUGCAGAACAAUAUUUUUGUGUAAUAUAUUAUGAAAGAAUUUUCUCACGGAAAGCUAAA